AUGGAUCGAGAGCAGACACUGGCCAAAGCCCAAGCCUUCCAGGACCUUUUCGAGAAAUCCAGAGUUCGAAUUGCUCAUCACUCGCAGACGUUUACUCAGGCGGCAGCGGAUGCAGAAGAUGUAGAAGUGAAGGACCCGAGCAUCAUUGCUUCGGACGUCGCUGCCCAAAUUGCCUUUUUUCGGAAGUUGAAAUUUCAAUACUUGGAACAGAACGCCAAAGACAAAUAUGUCAAGUCAAUUGUCAGUAAUAUCGACGACGCGCCUAUCGUCACGGCAGAAGACAAUAGGAAUAUGAAGGUUCUUAAUGAUCAAAGGAAAGAGAAGCUAAAAAGUGCUAAAAAGAGACUGGCUGAGGUGCAACAAGAAAUCAGGGUGUUGGCGCCAUCGGUCGAAACGGAUUUCAAUCGCGUCAAGGAAGCUUCAUCACAGGCCGUGGACUUAUCAAAAAGGAUUAUAGAUGCACGUCUCGCUCUGACGAGGUUACGCCAAACAUAUCCUCAACCACGACUGACGGUCCAAUCAGCGGACCAGAAGCUAGCUACCCAAAUUGUCGAAAUGCAGGAGCUUACCGAUGAAAUAGAAGAAGUGACAAACAAUGUCAAGGAGGUGAAGGGUAAAGUCAAGGGAGGAGCGUUAGAAGUUGAAAAUCUGAGAAUGCAAAGGGCUGAAGUUGAAAAAAGUGUGAAGGUGGAUGUGGACGAUGGAAAAUGGCUGCCCUUAUAUGACUGGUUCACGGCAUCCCUGACCCUCCACCGCUCCAUUAUCAACCUCACACAAUUGGACAACGUCUCUGACAAUGAAAUGCGGCUCAUUUACAAAGUGGAUAUAUCACAAUCUGAUCCUCGAUACAUAUCGAUAGCCUUCAUCUUCGUUCCUGGCACUCGGCAGCUAGCAGCCGUACAAGUCGGCGGCAUAGAAGACUUGGACAUAGAUGUCAGCGAAAUCAUCGAUGCGCAUGUUCAGGUUAAUGACGUGCAGGGAGUCGUGGCGGCCGUUAUAGCCAGGAUUCGCAGUGAAGCAUGACGCUGGGAUUAUACAACAGGAUUAUACGCCAUGGUUGGGACGUAUACCUAUGUAUUGUAUAAUAUGUACAAUUGAAUUUCUUCUACUCUGCUGAUACAUGUGCUUGCUUACCAGACUCUUUGACCUCAAUUUUACUAUUGUGCCAC